AUCAAAACAGUGGAAGCAUUUUUAUAAGAUAAUUUUUUCGGUAAAUGGAAUUAUUUUUUGCGAAAUUAUAAGGAGCUUGCAAUUUUCAUUUGCUGUGAAAGUUGUGAAUUUUUUUGAAGAAAUGAAACUUUUAUUAUGAUGGUGCUAAGGCGCGACUAUCAUUAUUAUUUUUCUAUAAAUUAUAACAUUUUAUACUAUUUUUUUUUAAUUAAAGAUUAAUUGAAUAGAAACCUAUUUUAAAAUAUAAAAUAAAUUACGUAAUUCAAAUUUCAAAAUAGAUGCGCGAUCACCACGAAUUUCACACUUUACAUGUAAGAUGUCAGGCAAUGUCAGGUCGAGAGGUUGCGUCCAAGCAUCCCACAUGUGUUCUAUCUAACCUCAAAAUUUUAACGAAGGGAGGAAUGUACAAUACAAUAUAACCUCUUUAACCUCCACCAAUCCGUAAAAAGCAAAUAAAAAGUGAAAAAAAGGAUCUACGAAAUUUGUAGUGAGUCUCAAACUUUGACAGACGCGAAUCAUUCACGGCAAUUCACGGUGAAAUUCUACAACGAAUAACAUCCUUACGCUCGUCUUCCGCGAUGAGCGUGUUCGUGCGGAGGAUGGGUCGCCUGCGGUUCGCGUACCCGGUGCUGUUAAGAUUCGGCUCGGACAACAGCAAUUACCCGCGCCGGGUGCUCGGCGCACCACUGCAUCGUGAGCAUAACACCCGGAGCGCGGCAUUGAACGAUCUGACGAAGGUCGAGAGGCUCGAUUUCGUCGCCGCCAACAAGAACGAUGUCGACGACGUCGCGCAGCAACCGGAGAAGAUCCGGGAAAAUGACUUUGCCCACAAUCUCUUUCUGAACUCGCGGAAAUAUGCGAGUAUCGUGAUGCAGCCGAACAAGACGUAUGCCUGUGUCACGAACGAGGAAGCGCUGGAAAUCCUGAACCGGGAUUGGAGCUUGAUGACGGGCGCCGAAACGGUGUCCGCCGUCAAGAAGCUGUCCUAUAACAUUCGUCACAACGCCGACAAGAAGGUCAAGUCGAUCGAGCCUCUCAAAUACAUGCGGGCCUUCGAUACGCUGAAUAUGAAAAAGCUGACCGACGAUGAACUGAUGACGAUGAUGUACCACUUGGUGCCGUUCAACGGUAAAAGUCCAGUGAAGAAGUUCGAUUUCUACAGCAAUCUCUGCACUAGGAUAGACAGAGAGUGCAUGUUACGUUCCUUGCGACUGUCCACAGACAAGACGCUGUAUCUCUGUGACAUAAUAUAUCAGAUGACGCCCUUCACCCCAAAGCCAUAUUCUUCUCAAUUCAUAUGGUAUUCCAUUAGAUAUUUAGGCAACAAACCUCAGAAGCUUAAUCCUCAACACCUGAUCCAGAUUAUGUUUUUUCUAAAUAUAUAUCGAAAGCCACCUAUAAACAUGUACGAGCUCGAGUACCGAUUGGAGCAGUGUGUUGAUGAUUUGUCGAUCAAUGAGCUAGCUAUAGCGGCGUUGGGUUUCUUCAAGACCAGAACGCAGAUCAGGAGCACGGAUUUCCUGAAUCGUAUCAUCCAGAGGACCAUAGCCGAAAUAGAUGUGGUGAAUACCGUGAGCAUCGCAGCGAUUGUAAAAUUAGUACGAUUCAGCAUGCAUCUCACAGAGACAAGUCCGCUUCUGGUCCUAUUAAAAGCACUGACGCCGUAUGAACCGCGUUAUACGCUGAUGACUCUGGCGCACAUCGCGCAAGCAUGUGGCCGAAUCGCCGUACACAACAAAAUGUUUAUAAGCCGAAUAAUCGGAAGAUUAAAUAAGGAAUUAAAGACCGCGAGAUUGAAGGACCUUGAAAGAUUACUUUACACCUUCUGUAUUCUUAAUAUCAAUUCGAGCAUCUACGAGAACGUCGUCGAGGAAUUGAAAGACACUUGGGAUACUACUCGAGCGUGCGAGAUAGAAAAGUAUCCAUACGCAGCUUCACGUAUUCUAGGGUAUUUGGCGACGCAAAAUGUAUUUCCCAUGGAUCUAAUGAAACGCAUUAUGGCGCCCGAAUACGUGAGCAAGACAUGCCGUAGCAAUUAUUUCCCGCGUGAAUACCUCGUACUUAAUAAUAGCCUUCUAUUAGAAGCACCCUCGUACGAUGGUCCAUUCCUUAAAUCCGAUUUAAAACUUUUGCUGGAGAAGAAAGAUGACGAGAUAUUUCGGAAGACUGGCUUGGAGAAAUCGAAUAGGGGGAAUUUGCUUUUCUCGGACGUGCUAGAAACAUGUCAGAAGUUGUUCAACACCACAACGGAUAUAUCGGCCAUUCGUCCGUUACCGCACUUUAUGACGCAGGACAUUGUCUUCUGCUUAAACGAGCAGAACCAACUUGUGCCAUCAGAACAUUUCCUAUCGCAGUUUGAACCAAAUGAGAUCAAAUAUGUGAACAAGGAAAAAUCGAAUAACGUCAAGUGGAUCGUCCUCGUCAUAGGUCAUCAUGGAUUAAUAAUAAGGAAUCUUCGUGGAUCCUUUCCUACUGGACCCUUAGCUGCGAAAAUGCGGCAGUUGUCCAUAAUUGGUUACACGCCAAUCAUGAUAUCACAUAUCUCUUGGGACGCGCAAAAAUCACCGGAGAAGAAACGUGAUUACAUCCAAGAACUUGUUUCGAGAUAACGCGGCAGAACUGUUCAAUAGCGCGCAAAACACAUUGCAGAGAGAAAUCUCAUAUACCUUUUAUUAGGAAAAAUAUUUCUUGUAACUGCUAUUAUUGUCGAUGUAUAUACAUACCAUCAUUCUCUCAUAUUUACAGAUAUAGACAUUGAAUUCAUGA